CGACCGGCGUUGGGGGUCGUUGUUAUCACCUACAUUGCGUUGUCAAUCGUUGGAAAGAGCUGAAGCUAACCACCGCUAGCCACCAAAGCUGCAGCAGUGUUCGAGGAACUGUGUAACCUUAAGCUGUGAUUCUGACUUCUCUCAAACGCAUCAUGCCCUGGGAACGACCGGCCAACGUACCUUUUCCGAAUGUUUGGUGGACGUUCGAAGCUCCCGAUCCGGACCGUGAGGAUGGUGCGCUGGUGACGUACCGUGUGGAGGACUUAACGGAAGAUCGAUUCGAUGAUGCUAUCAAACUGUACACCGAACAUUUCCUUGACGACGAGCCACUUUGUUCGUAUGGCCGGGUUCGACACAUUCCCGCGUCCUAUGAAGAAAUUCUCGCAUUCUGGCAUUACCUGCUCAGCGAGAAGUUUACCAUAGUAUGCUACAAGGAAGGAUCCAAAGAGAUGGUAGGAGCCAACCUGCUUUCGGUGAAGAUGGCCAGCGAUAAACACGACCUAACGGAUUUGAUAAAAACUGAAAGCAUGCAAAAAUUGGUUGCCGUCAACGAGUACAUGACCGAUACGGUGAACCUAUUCGAACGGUACGGUGUGGAUAAGUACUUGACGGCGUACGGAUUGAGCGUGAACAGUCGCUACCGUGGGCGCGGAAUCGCCACCGAAAUACUGAAAGCACGUCGACCGAUUUGCCGGGCAUUUGGCUUGCGACUUACGAGCACCAAUUUCACCGCCAUUGGUUCACAAAUACCGGCCGCAAAGGUUGGCUUUAAAACGGAUCUAGAAAUGCAAUACGAUGAAUUUGUAAAAGUCAACCCGACUUACACCUUCGAUGGAAUCAAGAGCAAAAGUCUAAAGCUGAUGAGCCUACCGAUUGAAUGAGUUACUUGGCGGAAAGUGUGAGUGUGUGAUGUAAGGCGCAGUUGCAUUUAAAUGUAGUGAUGUUAAAUAAAUAUGAAAUUGCUAAUGUUUA